AUGGACAUCAUACUCGGCAUCAAGGUCCUGGACGCCACUAUCAUCGCCACAUCGAGAGCUGCCACUCGCGGUAUCUCUGUCUUGAAAGACACGGAUGACAAGACAAGAAGUUUGAAUACUCAUAACUUGAUCGCCUACACUGGAGAAUCAGGAGAUACAGUGCAGUUUGCUGAGUACGUUCAGGCUAACAUUCAAUUAUAUUCUAUGAGAGAGAACGACUUGGAGUUGUCACCUAAGGCCACUGCAUCUUUUGUUCGUAAUCAAUUAGCCACUUCCAUCAGAUCCAGAAAGCCUUACCAAGUCAGUGUGUUAAUUGGAGGAUACGACACGAAAACAAACACUCCGCUGUUGAACUGGAUUGAUUACUUGGGUACCCAGGUUGAAUUACCUUAUGGAGCACAUGGUUACGCUGCCUUCUACUGCACAUCUUUGUUUGAUAGACAUUAUCGCCCUGACAUGAAGUUAGAGGAAGGAUUGGAGUUGUUGAAGAUGAGCUUGAAGGAGUUAGAAAAAAGAAUGCCCAUCGACUUUAAGGGAGUUUACGUGAAGGUAGUUGAUAAGGACGGUGUGAGAGAACUUGACCUAUAG